AUGAAGAGAAUUGUAGCCCGUAGGGAGGCAACUGUUAGAUGGACAUCAUUCGUAGGCCCUAGAAUCCAGAAGAUUCUCGAAAAGAACAGUAAGCUGUCAAGGUUUGAAUGGGAUGAAUAUGCGGGGAAUGAGAAGUUCCAAGUUCGACACAAUGCAGGCAUUAUAGUACAUUCUGUUGACCUCAGGGCAAGGACUUGUACAUGUCGUGGGUGGCAGUUAUCCGGAAUCCCUUGUUGCCACGUGAUUGCCUUGUUGGUAUCAAGAGGCCUUAAUGUUGUUGAUUAUGUACAUGCCGUCUACAAAAAGGAUUGUUAUUUGAUCACGUAUACGCCUUCAAUUUCCCCAAUCACAGGACCAGACUCAUGGCCUAGUCCAGGUCUCAACCUACUUAGGCCACCUGCAUACACAAAGAAGGUCUGGAGGCCAAAAAAGAAUAGAAGAAAACAAAAGAAUGAGGUGGAAUCUUCUAGUCAGGCAAAGAAGUCUAGAAUGUCUUCGCAAAAUGAAACCCCUUCAGAGACAACUUUAGCAGGCAUAUCUGGUGCAAAGAAAAGAGCAGGCCAAACUCAGAGCUAUCGAAAAUGUGGAGAAUCAGGGUACAACAGUAGGAGCUGCAAAGGGGCACCACCACCAACAAGGAAUUAG